GAGAGCCGCGAGAAUAUCAUAAGCUCGGCAACAGGUUCCAAAUCACUGGAGUAUUAGGAACAUGUUCUCUGUUUACAAUAUUCAUCGUGAGAGGUACUACAUUCACGUUUAAAACGGUAUUAAAACAUUAAAGAGCAAUGCAAAUCGGCUAGUUUGCAGGGUUUGUACAGUGACUGAGUCAUCUUCGAUGGCAUCGAACUUGAAAACGGAGGGUAAAAUGACUGCCUUAUAAAUGGGAAUCAAGUGCUUUAAUGAUUGAUAUGGGGCUAUAUAUAGGCCUCGAAGUUUGUCGUAGCAACUUGCUGGAAUAAAGUAGUUUGACCUUUUUUGUAAUAUAUGGGAUUAAACACAUACAUGUUCCAUAUAUGAACACGUACAACAACAAAAUGACUGAGGUGUGUGACUUCACUUUAGUGGCCGUAUGGUUUCUACUCCUAGGGAAUGGAUACGUUCAGUACACUGAAGGAGUUAUGUUACCUUUUGGCACUGGAGAAGGUGACAUCUUUCUCCGUAACGCUGAUGACUAUUCGCAUGAGGCAGUAACUCUUUUAAGGAACUUUACCUUCUUGGGUAAAAGCUUUCAAAAACUUUACGUCAAUAUAAAUGGUUUAAUCACAUUCAAGAAUCCUCUACCGACCUUCUCUACCGAGACGCUACCCGUCGCGGACACGCCCUUCGUGGCGCCUUACUGGGCGGAUGUGGACACGCGCGAUUUUGGCGCCAUAAGUUUUCGUCAGCUGUUGUGGAGCGGUAGCGACGAUGCCAUUUUGAAUCAAGUUACUGAGAUCAUUCGAUCAGCCUUCGUUGAUCAGCAGGAUUUUUCGGUUGAAUGGAUUUUCAUGGUAUCGUGGAAUAAAGUGGGAUUCAAUGCUCAGAUCGAUUCUUCACGAGUCAAUUCCUUCCAAUGCAUCUUGGUGGUUGGCGGGAGAUUUCAUGGUGUGAUAUUCAAUUACGAUACUAUACGGUGGACCAGUGACAUAUUCAAUGGCGGGAACCAAUUCACUGGACUUGGAGGAAUUCCAGCUCAGAUUGGUUUUAAUGCUGGAGAUGACAUUCAUGCGUUUACACUGCAUCCAUCACAAACUGAAGAGGUGAUAAACAUGACCAUUUUAUCCAAUGUGAACGUGCCUGGUCGGUUUGUCUUUAGAGUGGACCUACCCGAGAUCAUUGAUCCUGCAUGUAAAGAAGGCACAGGGACUGUCAGUCUGUACCCAGCUACUGAUACGAUGUUAGGAGGUAACAAAAUAUUCAUACAAGGUCCGUGUUAUGAUGUCACCGCAUCCAAUGUUGUUUGCAAGUUUAAAGACGCACUUUCAGCUGGAACCGUUGAAUCACCGCUGAGGGCGUCCUGUGUGAGUCCAACGCUAUUCACUGCAGGAGAUGUGGCAGUACAUGUUUCCUUGGAUGGAGGCAACACUUUUCCCUAUACAGGAAACCUGCAGGUUGAGCUUCCCUCAUCAUCACCCAUGGUGUUCAAGGUCGAGGAGGAUAAAUGGCUGACAUCCAACGAACUCGAACUCAUGUGGGAUACGCAAGUUCUUGCGGGUAUAGAGACAGUACACGUGGUUGUGUACUCCUACUGGGAACCUCCAGGCCACAACGGCUUCCACUGGGACACUGUCCAGACGCUAGCCAGAGGUGUGGCAUACAGCCAGGGAGGAUUGAACUUCGUGAAACCUGAGAUGAGCCAUGUUGCGGAUCUGAUGGGUGUCAUAGGUGUUGUUGAAGAUAUCGACGAAGGCAAAAACAGAAUCCCAAGGUCCAUAUGGAGUGAGGUAGAUUCUCUUCAAUGGCUCUUCCCUCAAAACUCCUCAUCUUGGUGUACCGAGUGGACAAACACCAAUGGAGUUCCAGGAGACCAUGGCUUCUUCGAAAAUCGGACCUCUUGCCCGUGUCUGCUACGUCAGGCAAAGCGAGAUCUUGGAAGGUACAUGCCAAGGCAGGACUGCAGAGACGAUGCUUGGAACAGGUUUCCCGACAACUGUGAGGAUAGGCCUGGUGCUUUUCAAUGUGUCAUCGCAAGGCCAAACGGACAAAAACUUGCCGACCAGGAAUGCUGUUACGACAAAAAUGGCACUCUGAUCGAAGACCGAUUCGCUCAUUCUGGUUUCGGUGUUGCCCGUCUUCAGAGCCCUGUCACGAGCUCGAUUCCAGAUGGCGAGGGAAUCGAACAAGGCUUGCCUUAUUUCUCUCACUUUUACCGUGACGUCAUUCCCGAGAUGCAGUGCUGUCGGUUUUCGUCUUCCAAAGAUGUGACGGGAGAUUUGAAUGCGCACUGCGAUCGGUUUAUGGCAUGCCGACCUAGUAAAUCGUGUAGAUUUUAUGAAGUGCCGAAAACGGCUUCAGUAUUUGGCGCUUCGCACAUCUCAACCUUUGACGGUCUGGAAUACACUUUCCCCGCUAGAGGAGAAUACAUACUCCUUAAAACAACAGAGAGAGAUCUUCUGAUCCAGGGUAGAUUUGAACGUAUUGAUACAGGAGGCGGUGCCACAUCUUCCGUUUUGACUGCCAUCGCCAUAAAGCAGCGUAAUAGUGACGUCAUACAUGUACAGACCAGUCCUCGUUUACACUUAGAUUUAUUUGUUGGUAGAGAGAACCAGCAGUUUACAUUGGUGGACUCAUUCCAGUCCCAUACAUGGUCUUUUAAAGGUGUCGAGUUGUUUUAUUCGGACUCCGUUUACCAAGACGGCGUCCAACUAUAUUUCGACGAAGGAGUGGGGAUCACGGUGAAAGCCACGGGCAAGUCGAUCCGAUUAAUCGCCAUAUGUCCGCCGGAAUUCCGGAAUAGAACGGAAGGUUUGCUCGGAUCAUGGAAUGAGAAUCCGGAAGAUGACCUGCGGAUUGAUGAUGGCACUAUUCUAUCCCAUGAUUCAUUAGGAGAGGACAUUGUGAGGUCAUUUGGAUCUCAGUGGCGGAUACCAGAAGAUGCUGAAUCUCUUUUUUACUAUCUCCCCGGGUACUCACGUGAGGUAUAUUUGAAUUCCCAGCAACCGCCAAUCACCUUUAACCCGGAACCGGAAACAGAUCCGUUGACUAUUUGCGAUGACAGUAGACUGUGUGCCGUGGACCUUGCUGUAAGCACGAAUAAUAGACAGUUUGCUCGGGGUACUUUAGAUGCUCAAAAUGAGCUCCAAGCUACAAGGAAUGACUUGAAAGAAGUGGAUAAAAGUUUUCUAAUGUGCUCCGACGUAUCUGCACCUCCUCAUGGAGUCAUAGUAGAAUCUACUGGGAGGUAUUUUAAAGACUUUGUUACUUUCUCAUGCGAUGAUUGCUACGAAUUAACUGGGAAUCUAACACUCUCGUGCCAAUACGAUCUGCAGUGGAGUGAUGAUUUACCAGUCUGUUCUCGAGAAGGCAAUGCUACUUGCCCCGUUCCUGGAAAACCUGAUAAUGGUACCUUUCAAUUGGCUGCCUGUAAUAGAACUGUAAAUUUCUCUUGCAAUGAGGGCUUUGCUCUGAUUGGUCGGGAACAGAUCACGUGUCAUAACGGUUCGUGGGAUUAUGACGCACCGACAUGCGUAGUAAGUGUUGAAACAACGCCGAUGAUAAAAGCAGCAACGACGACGGUAAAAGAAUCGACUACAUCAAUAAAUGAAGCAACAACGACCACAAAAACAAGGACAACUCCCAUCAUGACACAUGUUACCAGUACAGCCGCGCCAAUUAUUGAAGGAGGCGGGUCGGAUAUGCCUAAUGAAGUUUUAGGACAGACACCCAAUGUUAGGAUCGAUUCAAUCACAUCUGAAGAGUACAGGACGGAUCCAGAGUUUAUUGUAUGGUGGGUUCUUAGGGUUCUUAUAUCCUUCGUAUCUAUCACAGUCGUAGCUCUCAUCAUCGUCAUAGUUUUCAUCACUUUUGGAUUUAGAAAAAAUCCAAAAAGCCGGAAAUCGCAUCACCAGGCCAGCAGUAUGAACUAGUGGAGAACACAUGAAAUUUGGACGGCCUUUACAAUUCUUAUUUUUCUGCAGAUCAUUGAUAAAUCUGAAAAAGUAUGGAGUUCAGCUAUAACAAAAUGUGGAUUAUCUUAGCGUUUAAUUUGUGUAUUAUAAAUAAAAUGUUGUUCAAAAACAUUGUUUUAAAAAAAUGAACUACCUGUUUAUUUUCAAUAAUUUUUUAAAAUUAAUUUACUGGCAUUUACCAACAAUACUCACAUGUUUAUACUGAAACUAAUCAAAACGGAAAAGAUAUACACAAAUUAAGCAUAAUAUACAAGGUGAAUGGGACCUGAAAAAAGCACAAGUGAUAGUCGGGUCUGGUCCCGCUAUGUUACAAAUGCAGAGUUCAAGCAAACACAAAAAACAACAAUCGCAUUAUACUUCUUCUAAAAGGCUAUAUCAGUAUCGAUAGCAAUUAGAAAACAAAGUAUCACCUUUGUUUACUACUUAAAGUAUGUAAAUUUACAACUAGCUAUACAGUUCAUUAAUAUUUAGUCUUAUGGUUGGUGUUAGUAUAUAUUAUACAUUAUGAGUUGUUUAACUGAUGAAAAGAGAUUUAAAACAAGAAAUCACUAAAAAUUUUAUAUUUUUGUACAUUUCUUAGUUGUCUUUCUACCAGUUUGAUUUCAUUAAUCCAAAGAAAUCAUGCUGUUGCAGCUCUUCACGAAUGUAUGUGCAAUAUUAAUAAUUUAUAUCCCCCAUAAGGUACUUAUUUGUUUUAUAUUUAAAGCUUAUUUGAAAAGAUGAGACUGAAUUUUCAAACACUCUCAGCUGUUUUAAGCAACCUAUCAGUUGGUUCGAAUAUGAACCGACCAACUCUUGGUUAAAACAAAAUUGCGUGCAAAAUGUGUUCGGAUUUUUUUCCUGACAACUUAAUAAAAAAGUUCGAUAUAUAUAUAUAUAUAUAUAUCAUUGUAGCUUAAUUAUAUGAUUCUACAUUUAAUAUAUUUCUGCAACUUCGUGUACGUAAUGUGUUUUUGUCUUCCAAUAAUGCCUUAUCUCUUCCUUUUUGUACACGUUUUGCAUCAUGGAUUCAAAUACAGGCAAUACAUUCACUUUACAAUAGUUACAUGUACUUGUACUUUUGAUGAAGUAAGUGUUAGUCAUUUAUCCAAGCAAAUACUUUUGUUUAUCACUAUUGCAUUCCACUAAAGUUUUGCUUUACGAUCGAUUAAAUAUCAAUGAAGUGAUAGAGUGUAGUCUUCCCAAUCUAUCAUUACUUGCGUUGAUGGAACCGAUUCCUAAUCAUUUAAGCCCAGAUUCGAACGUAACGCGUUAUUUUGAUCACAAGAGAAAUAAGAUGUGUGAAGAUUAUACUGGGCAAUAUUUAGGCAAAUUUAUGAUAUUCAUAGAUGUACUUAAAAAACCAUGUUUUGUGCAAUAAAUUAUUGUGUGUUGAUAUUUAUAAUAUGUGUAAAUGGUGACCUGGCAGGAAUUCAUUUCCUGAAACCCAGGACGUGUGUAACAGCUACCCUGCCAAGUCAUACAGAGUCACUGACAAACGUAUGGGGGCUUUGGGCCUCCCGUCUGAAAAAAAGAAAAAAAAACUUCAACGGUCAAGGGGGAUGGUAAAAAGAGGGAGGGAAAAGGGUGAAUUAUAUAAUUUGGGGGGGGGGGGUGGGAGGCACAUUACGCCAUUGUGCAGGGUAAUUAUUGCUACAUUAUUGUAGAGUUAUCUUUUUAAAAUAUUUUACAAUGAAGUAUUAGGCCUAGUGAUAUAGUGUAAAUUUGAAAUUCAUCAUUAAAAAGUGCCUUCUUGAAAUGAGAUUAC